AUACCUUGGCAGAGCCAGAGUCCCAGAGCCAAUGCCAUGCUCAACAGUUCGUUCAGACUUGAGGUAGCUGAUGAUGAGCUGCUGGCUGCCGCCCAAGCCCAGACAAGUUUGGUCCCACUCCCACCAGGUCGUCAAACGCAGAAUCAGGACAUCAUGAGCACCGGAAAGGAGAGCAAAAGCGGGCCGGGAAAAAAAAAAGAAGGGGGCGCAAACCAAUCAAGCGGGCCAAAAGGAAAGCAAGGCGACGAAGGAAUCAGGCAGGCACAGCCACAGCCACCACGACCACUGCUGCAACGCAUUCUCAUUCUCACUCCAAAACCCCAAAAGGAGGGAGGGAGUGAAAACCACCCAGCUGAUGUAGACACGCAUGAAGAACAGCUUCAACUUCAAUAAUGCUGGCAUCAGCAAAGCAAAGCAGACCCGGGCCCCUUUGCAUUAAGGUCGCCCGUCGAAAGGCUCCUCUUCUUUUUAUUGCGCCUUUUUGGCAAAGGUGGGGGGGAGGAACUCUUCGUCGUCGCGCACCAGCAGCAGCGUUACGCAAUUCACGAAAGAACAUGCUUUAAGCAGGGAGACCAUUUUUUAUUUCGAGCGCGCUACGAUGGAGCUCUACUCCGGAUACCUUGACGACCAUUUCAACCCCCACAAGCUAAGCAUCGCCGGCAGCGCCGUCUCGCCGCCGGAGUACAUGGCGUCGGCGUCGCCGGCGCAGUUCGCGGCGGCGCCCCUCAGGAUGGGGUACGGGAGGCCGGCGCCGGCGCCGCCCCCGCCCGUGAUGGGCAUGUGGAGCAGCGAGCCGUUCAGGGUCGACAGCGGCAGCGCCCACGCCACCAGCGCGUCCACCGUCAACACCAAGCUGGAGGAGACAAGGUUAGAAGACGACGCACAGGUAGCACUUGAGCCGGCAAGAAGUACGGAGCAGGAAACCAGUAGGCCGCCAGAGAGGGCCCAGAGAAGGCUCGCGCAGAACAGAGAGGCUGCUCGGAAGAGUCGCCUGCGGAAGAAGGCCUACAUCCAGCAGCUAGAGACAAGCCGCAUGAAGCUGUCGCAGCUAGAGCUAGAGCUUCAACGGGCGCGGCAGCAGGGUGCAUAUGCGAAUAGUGGGAGCAUGGGAGACUCGGCUCUCGGCUACAGAUGCCCGAUAGAUCCAGGUGUUUCUGUGUUCGAGAUCGACUACAGCCACUGGGUGGACGAGCAGAAGAGACACACGGCGGAGCUGACGUCGGCGCUCCAGGGGCAGCAGACAUCGGAGCUGGAGCUCCGCCUGCUGGUGGAGACGGGACUCAGCAACUACGAGCACCUGUUCAAGAUCAAGGCGGCGGCGGCCAACGCGGACGUGUUCUACGUCAUGUCGGGCUUGUGGAAGACCCCCGCCGAGAGGUUCUUUCUCUGGAUCGGCGGGUUCCGGCCGUCGGAAGUCCUCAAGAUCCUGAGCCCGCAGCUGGAGCCGCUGGCGGAGGCGCAGCGCAUGCUGGUGGGCGGCCUGCAGCACACGUCGGCGCAGGCGGAGGACGCGCUGUCGCAGGGCAUGGAGAAGCUGCAGCAGAACCUCGCGGAGACCCUGACGGCCGAGGCCGACCCGUUCGGGCCCCCCGACCCCUACAUGCUGCAGAUGGCCACCGCGGUGGGCAUACUGAAAGAGCUCGUCAACUUCGUGACCCAGGCGGACCAUCUCCGGCUGACGACGCUGCAGCAGAUGCACAAGAUCCUGACGCCGCGGCAGGCGGCCAGGGGCCUCCUGGCGCUCGGCGACUACUUCCAGCGCCUCCGCACGCUCAGCUCGAUGUGGGCGGCGCGCCCGCGGGAGGCGGCGGUCAGCUAGAUGCGCCUGCGGCGUGGCAGGCCAAAAGCUCGCUCACUGGUGAGGCGACCGUACCAAAGAACACGACGCCGACGACGACGAAGACUAAAGAUGAGUGGUAGCAGUUCGCUGUAUACUUGCCCCCCAAUGCAAGGUGUAAAGCCCAGUGGAGGACGAAGAGAUCGACCUCGCUGUACGAGUACGACGAACGGAAGGGACGCUUCUCGGUCAGCGGCGGCGGCGACCUCGCUGUACAAGGCGAUUAGUAGACAUACAAAAUGUAAAUGGAAAUCGAUCGAUGGGCGGAGGAUAUGUACGUAUCUUGUUUUGAUACCCGCGGCCGGGGCCCUCCUAGAGGCGUACUGUAUGAUUGAUUAUGCGGGCCUUCUACAACUACUACUGGUGUUGGGCUAUAUGUAUAUCUCUACAACUAUUAAGACUCAUCUAUAGACUGCCCCCGCUCCUUCCCAAUGAA